AUUUCCAUCGAGGUGGGUGUAAUCCACUGGAGCGUGUUCGAGCGUGACAGUCAGUGACCAUCAGUGACAGUCCAAUGUGCAUUUUGCCGCACAAAGACAAAUGACAAUAAAUUUCUCAAUCUGUCACUGUUAGAAAGAAGCACGCACUGAUAAGGGAUGUACAUACGUGUGUAUACAUGCGUACGCACCGAUAAGGGCUAUUUAUUGCGCUAUUUACUGAUAAACGGACGAUUUACUUGAAGUAAGGACGAUGGCAAACGAAAUAUCGACGAAUGUUUUGACACUCAACUGUUGGGGUAUACCAUAUGUUUCGAGAGACAGGUGCGCACGCAUAUCCGCUAUUGCGGACAAGUGUGCCAGCAUGGAGUAUGAUAUAAUUUGUUUGCAAGAGGUUUGGUCUGUCGAUGAUUUUAAGUUGAUUAAGGCGAAAGCGCAAGAAGUUCUUCCCUACUCACAUUACUUUCACAGUGGAGUUUUCGGAUCUGGAAUAUGUAUCUUGUCACGCUAUCCUAUUCAGGAUGUUAUGUUUCACAAAUGGCCCUUAAAUGGUUAUGUUCACAAGAUACACCAUGGAGACUGGUUUGGUGGCAAAGGAGUUGGGCUGUGUAAAAUAAAAAUUCUCAACAUGAAUGUCAAUGUUUAUAUCACACAUUUACACGCAGAGUAUAAUCAUGAGAAUGACGAGUACAUGGCUCACAGAGUUCUCCAAGCGUUUGAUACUGCUCAAUUUGUAAAAAUGACAAGCGGUGGCGCAGAUGCUAUUAUAUUGGCAGGCGAUCUUAAUACAGAACCACAAGACUUGGCAUAUAAAAUUAUACAAGGUGUUUCUGGUUUAGUAGACACGUGCCCUAAUAGUGCAAGCCAUAUAGGGACCAACGAAUGUGCCAACAAUAGUUAUACCAGCUCAAAACUCGCUCAGACGAAGCCAGAUGGAAAGCGUAUAGAUCACAUUAUGUAUUUAGGUUCAAAAACUGUUAAGGUUGAAGUUACAAAUUUUCAACAUCCAUGGCUAAAUCGUGUACCAUAUAAAAAUUUUAGUUACUCUGAUCAUGAAGCUGUGAUGGCUACACUUAAAUUUAUCAAUGAUAAACAUGUUACAAACAAUCUAGACAUUACCGAUUCCUUGAAAGAAGCAAUAGUAAUUUGUGAAAACGCGUUAAAAAGUGUGCAACGUCAACGUUUCUGGUACGGGUUGUCAGCCUUUAUACUGAUUAUUCCAUUAAUUUUAUCUAUUAGGUCUAUCUGGCUAAAUUGUAUGAAUAUGUCAUUAGCUGUAGACAUCAGUUUGAAUAUAGUCUGUAUUCUUCUAACUGCAAUAUUUUGUUACACUCUGUUUAUGAGUUCGCUAUGGAAUAGCGUAGAGAAAAAUGCAUUAAAAGCGGGACAUUCAGCUAUAGAAAUUUACAUGAAUACGCAAAUGAAUAAUGAUCAAAUUUAAAAUGUCAAAUUUGUAUCAAAUAAUACAGAUGCUUCCAAAAGAGAAUUUAAACGUAAAAAUUAAGCUUAAACCAAAAUUUCAUUAAAUAAAGAAAAACUUAUAUAUAAUGUUUUAUAAUGCUUUAAGAAAAUGAUACAUCUUGAGUUUGCAUUUAAAUCUUGUAUGCUUUCUGAUUACUGAAUAAAAUUCAGAAUCGAUACAGGUCGAGUUCAGGAAACAAGAAGGGAAUAUGACAAAAUUUAAAUUUUAAAACUAUCAUUUGUAAUAGCUAUUUUUUUUCAUUAUUGGCUGUAACCAUCUUGGAUGUGUGAAAUAGAUGUCUAGGAAGACAUUUAUCCUAAUAUUCCCAAUUACAUGAACUAGGCAUAUUGACCAAUUGUAUGAACUAUGCAUAUUAUUCUACAGGAAUCAACAUUGUGAUAUAAAAUAUAUCUAAUUACAUUUACAUUGCAUUCAUGCUUAGAUCGUAAUGUCGAAAAUGAAGUUUAGUUCUUCAAAUCCAGUCUUUCAAAUGCUAUCGCGUCUUGUUUUAUACUAAAGCUGCGUUCCGAUAUACACUGCCAGUACUGAAAAUCCAUAUUAUACUACAGAUUUUCAGUACUGGCAGUGAAUUUCGGAACACAGCCUGAGCUUUACAUAUCGAUAUUGAUACUAUGAUGUCGAUACAAUAUCAAUACCAAAAUAUAAUAUGAAAUAAUUAUGUAUAGGUUUGUAAAAUUUUUUCUAAAAUAUUCAAUAUGGUAUUAUAUAUUUUAUUAUAAUUAUAAUACAAUACUAUAUAUAAAACGAAUGGUUAUUGCUUUUACAAUUUCCUACAAACUCCACAAAAUUUCCAUGUACAUAUCAUGUUGGAAUGUAGUUUAGUAUAAAUGUAUUAAAAUGCAUUGUAAAUAUU